UGCUUCAGAUGUUGGCAAGGAGGAUUUGACUAUGAGUAGAUUCCUCCAUGUAGUCUUUCACUAGCAAAGGGUUCGCCCACCUAACUGGAACAGUACUCUCUUCAGUCUAACACCUAACAACUACUGAUGGUUACGUUUUUAUCAUGUUCUGGUUCUUGUGUCCAUCGCCCUGCGGCAACUAAUUCGAACAGGUACUUAUUCAGAUCUUGUUACUUUGUUCUGAUUUGUUUGUGCUUCAUAAUCUGUUCCCUGUACUCAUUUUAUUUACUCAUGCAGCAGUCUUAUAAGUUCUACAAAACACUCUGUAAUUUCAGCAGUCCAAUUUGAUUUUUUUUAAAAGAAAUAUUUGGAUACACUUUGAUAGGUAAGCAGACUGGAUCUUUUCUGCUUUUUGGAGUGAGCAUUCUGCUAACUUUGCAUUCUACUGUAACGAACAUAAGGACUUUCAACAGCAAUGCACAAUAACCACAUUCCUACCAAACCAGAAAGGUGAGUGAGACACAUGGUUUGCUACUUUUGUUUCUUUUCCCCCAUCGAGUUUGCUCAUCUAACUUUGCAUGAUAUUCGCAACCAGGAACCGUGCUGCUUAUUUUGUUGUUGGCUCCUCGAGAUAGUCCUCAACAAACACUACUUGUUUUAAUCCAGACGUUUGAACUACCAUAGGAACAGUAAAAGUUCUUUAGGUCAGUUAGAGAAGAAUAUAAGCAUAGUGACAACCCAAAGACUCCCCUUACUAUUUUCUGCAUCAGUUUGCAGUCCUGUAGAUGAAGAUUUAGGCAUUGCAAGAUGGCCUGUGAGAAGAAGAGUGUAAGCAAUUUUACUGUCAGGGUUGGAUUAGUGCUGUUUGCAGGAUGCAUUCUUGCGCUGAUUUCAUUGGGGACAAUGUUCCGGCAUAAUGCAGUUCCUCUGCAAACAUUGAGCUUGUUGUUUUCAGUAGGUUCAGCUUCUUCCGUAAUGUGGGGAGAGGAAAGGAUCGGCUCUCAUCGUUCAGGCAGAAACGAAGGGCCCGUGCUGUGCGAUUUCUCGAGCUCGAGAUCAGACGUGUGCGAGCUGAAAGGCGACGUCCGCGUCCUCCCCAACGCCACCAUCGUCCACCACCAUCCCUUGGCGAGGCGUCGGUCAUGGAGGAUGAAGCCGCACGCCAGGAAGAACGACCGCCAUGCGCUCGCCCGCGUCACCGAGGUGACGGUAGCAUCGUCGCACGCCGCCGACCACCCCGCUCCCCGGUGCACGACCAACCACACCGCCCCGGCCGUCGUCUUCUCGGCCGGCGGCUACGCGGGGAACAUGUUCCACGACCUGACCGACGUGCUCGUCCCGCUGUUCAUCACCACGCGGCGGUUCGGCGGCGACGUGCACCUCCUCGUCAGCGACGCCCAGCCGUGGUGGCUCGACAGGUUCCGGCCGCUGCUCCGCAGGCUCUCCUUCCACGACGUCGUCGACAUGGGCAGAGGCGCCGGCGCCGGCGGCAGGGGCGUGCUCUGCUACCCCCACGUUGUCCUCGGCCUCGAGUUCCACAAGGAGAUGAGCGUGGACGCCGCGAGGACCGCCGGCGGGUACUCCAUGGCCGACUUCGCCCGCCUCGCCCGGCGAUCCUACGGCCUCGCUCGGGACACGGCCAUCCGGCUCCGCGGCCGCGGCGAUGGCGGCCGCCGCCCCAGGUUGCUCCUCAUCUCCCGAAAGUCGACGAGGGCGUUCACCAACGCCGGCGCCAUCGCGCGCGCCGCCACCGCGCUGGGGUACGAGGUGGUGGUCAGCGAGCCUUCGCGGCAGCACGCGGCCGGCCUGGCCUCGUUCGCGCGGUUGGUGAACUCGUGCGACGUGCUGGUGGGCGUGCACGGCGCCGGGCUGGCGAACCUGGUGUUCCUGCCGGCGGGCGCCGUGGUGGUGCAGGUGGUGCCGCUGGGGGGGCUGGACGCCAUGGCCGCCGAGGACUUCGGGGCGCCCGCGCGCGACGCGGGACUCCGGUACGUGCACUACGCCAUCGCCGUGGCGGAGAGCACGCUGGCGGGGAGGUACCCGCGCGACCACCGCGUGCUGAGGGACCCCGCGGCGGUGAGGCGGGACGGGUGGGCGGCGCUCCGGGAGGCCUACCUCGUCGGCCAGAACGUCACGCUCGACGUCCGCCGGUUCGAAGGAGCCUUGCGACGCGCGAUGGAGCUGCUCCGAUAGACACGGACGUCGUAGGUAGAACAGCACCUCAUGGUCAUGGACGAGGACCGCGCGCUGGGCUGGCACGAGGUCAAGAACGACGACACCGUCGAGAUCUUCAACGGCACCGACACCGGUGGUGUUUUCUAUCCUUCUGUUCCGUUUCUGCUACUCUUCGCUCUUCGGUGCAUAGCUGACAGAGAUGGGACGACGAUAUAGUAGUAACGUAGUAUGUUGCCUCAGAGAAGAAUGUAAUGCCCUGCCAUUGGUUGAAACGAAAACUUAAGUUUCGCAACUGACUUCGCUAACACAGAAUCGAAAUGUGCGAGCAAGGGAAUUCAGAUUUUGUCAACAGAUUCACUAGCCAUAUUCUGACAUUGUUGGAGCCUUUGUCAGCCCCUGCGUAUUGCAAUUUGCAAACAAUGUCGGCUACAGAAAUUGGAGCACCAAGCAUUUAGACCGAUCCAGAAUCUAGUCAUCUCCAUCCAAAUAAUGAGAAAGAAUGUGAUAUUUUUUGUAACUACGUAUUCACGCGUAAUGAAAUUUGAUCUUGUUA